CGUUUUUUGGAUAUUAAAAAAUCGAAUCAUGUAUGUGGGAUAUCUUUUGGAUAAAGAGAGCAGCAUGUACCACCAAGGACCUGUACGUCGUUCCAGCAUCAAUUUACCACCACAGAACUUCGUUUCAACACCUCAAUAUUCUGAUUUUACUGGAUAUCAUCAUGUGCCCAACAUGGACACGCACCAUCAAUCUACGGGGGCAUGGGGAGCUCCUUAUGGUGCACCAAGGGAGGACUGGGGUGCCUAUAGUCUGGGACCCCCUAAUACUAUAUCGGCACCCAUGAGCAAUUCUUCCACGGGACAAGUUUCCUAUUGCUCAACUGAUUACAAUCCCAUGCACGCUCCAGGAUCUGCUGUAUUACCUCCACCUACAGAAAAUAUAUCCGCGGCCCAGCUUUCUCCAGACAGAGAAAAGCGCAAUUCCUAUCAGUGGAUGAGCAAAACUGUCCAGUCGUCUUCAACAGGCAAAACAAGAACAAAAGAGAAAUAUCGGGUGGUGUACACCGAUCAUCAGAGGCUUGAAUUGGAGAAGGAAUUCCAUUUUAACCGUUACAUCACCAUCAGACGAAAGGCAGAGCUGGCGGUGAGCCUCGGACUUUCAGAGCGACAGGUGAAGAUCUGGUUCCAAAAUCGCAGAGCCAAGGAGCGAAAGUUAAUCAAAAAGAAAAUGGGCCAAUCUGACGGCAGCGGAGGGUCUGUACAUAGUGACCCAGGUUCGGUGAGCCCUCUACCUGUGCCUGGGUCUCUGAGUCCGUCGGAUAUACAUGGUGCACUCUAUCCACCAACAGGCAUGAACACCUUACCAUCGAUGAGGAACAUACAACAAGUUACUGUUACACAGUAAAUUCGAACUUGGGAUCAUCCAAUUUAAUCGAGCACUCCGCACGCUGAAAGGACAGUGCGCAUG